CAAAAACUUAAACUGUUCACCAAGAUAAAAAACCCAAAAACCUAGAGCAAAACGACUUUUUUCUCAACAAUCUCUUUAAUUUCUUCCCAAUUUCUGGGGAGCCCUCUGCAUAUUUACAACAAAUUAUUAAGGGUCCCAAUUAUUAAGCAUGAGCUCACAGACGAGUAGUGUGAAUGAAAACUGCUUGGGAUGGGCUGCAACUGAUGAAUCUGGAGUUCUCUCGCCGUACAAGUUUACCCGAAGGAAUCUUCAAAACGAUGAUGUUUCGAUAAGAAUUACGCACUGCGGAAUUUGUUAUGCUGAUGUGGGUUUUCCAAGGAACAAGGCUGGCAACGCCAUGUAUCCAAUGGUGCCUGGACAUGAGAUUGCUGGCAUUGUUCAAGAGGUUGGUCCAAAUGUUCACGGCUUCAAAGUUGGUGAUCAUGUUGGAGUGGGAACUUUUGUUAAUUCUUGUAGAGAUUGCGACUAUUGUAGAGAUGGCCAAGAGAUUUCCUGUGAAAAGGGAGCAAUUUACACUUAUAACCAUGUUGAUGCUGAUGGCACGAUUACAAAAGGAGGGUUUUCCAGUUACAUUGUUGCUCAUGAAAGGUACUGCUUCAAGAUACCAGAGGGCUACCCCUUGGCUUCUGCAGCACCUCUGCUUUGUGCCGGCAUUACUGUUUACUCUCCAAUGAUCCGCCAUAAAAUGAACCAGGACGGUAAAUCACUAGGUGUGAUUGGCCUUGGUGGUCUCGGACACUUGGCAGUGAAAUUUGGGAAGGCUUUUGGACUAAACGUGACAGUUUUCAGCACAAGCUUAUCAAAGAAGGAGGAAGCUCUAAGUCUGCUUGGUGCAGACAAUUUCGUUGUCUCAUCCAACCAAGAGGAAAUGACGGCCCUGGCUAAGUCGCUUGACUUCAUCAUCGAUACAGCAUCUGGUGAUCAUCCAUUUGAUUUGUAUAUGUCUCUGCUGAAGACUGCUGGUGUUCUAGUCUUGGUUGGGGCACCAACCGAAGUUAAAUUAAGUCCCAUGAGCUUGAUUAUUGGUAUGAAGUCAAUUUCUGGUAGCGUAACGGGAGGUACAAAACAGACGCAGGAAAUGUUAGACUUUUGUGCUGCUCACAAAAUUUAUCCAAACAUAGAAAUAGUUCCAAUUCAGUAUGUGAAUGAAGCUCUUGAGAGGCUGAUCAAGAGGGAUGUGAAGUACCGUUUUGUUAUAGAUGUUGAAAACUCCCUAAAAUGAUGAGGAAUCGAUAUUUCUCUUUGAAUUCAUUGAGAACUUGGUAUGAGGAUGAAGAAGUUGGUAUGCAACAGGGUUGCGGUUAAUUUUUCAGUUUUUGUAUUUUUUUAUUUUUUUUCUUUUGUUGCUAAGAAGCGAAUGUUGCCCUACUUUGAUAUUUGUUAUACGUGGAAGUGUUUGUACUCAAUUUUAAGUAACAUGUGAUGUGAGUGAGUUAGAACUUUAAAGAAUUAUAUGAAAUAAAUAAAUGAGUUUAGCCAUA